AUGUCGCCCAAUUCUUGCGUGUCGUCAAAUUCCUAUAUAUCGCUACUUUCCAGCGUGUCGCCCGAUUCCUGCUUGUCGCCUGAUGUCCGAGUGUCUCCUGAUUACUGCGUGUCGCCUGAUGUCCGAGUAUCUCCUGAUUACUGCGUGUCGCCUGAUUCUUGCUUGUCGCCUGAUGUCCGAGUGUCUCCUGAUUACUGCGUGUCUCCUGAUUCCUGCUUGUCGCCUGAUGUCCGAGUGUCUCGUGAUUACUGCGUGUCGCCUGAUUUCCGAGUGUCUCCUGAUUACUGCGUAUCACCUGAUUCCUGCUUGUCUCCUGAUUACUGCGUGUCGCCUGAUUCCUGCUUGUCGCCUGAUAUCCGAGUGUCUCCUGAGUCCUGCUUGUCGCCUGAUGUCCGAGUGUCUCCUGAUUCCUGCUUGUCUCCCGAUUCCUGCUUGUCGCCUGAUGUCCGAGUGUCUCCUGAUUCCUGCUUGUCGCCUAAUGUCCGAGUGUCUCCUGAUUCCUGCUUGUCUCCCGAUUCCUGCUUGUCGCCUGAUGUCCGAGUGUUUCCUGAUUCCUGCUUGUCGCCCGAUUCCUGCUUGUCGCCUGAUGUCCGAGUGUCUCCUGAUUCCUGCUUGUCGCCCGAUUCCUGCUUGUCGCCUGAUGUCCGAGUGUCUCCUGAUUCCUGCUUGUCUCCUGAUUCCUGCUUGUCGCCUGAUGUCCGAGUGUCUCCUGAUUUCUGCUUGUCGCCUGAUGUCCGAGUGUCUUCUGAUUACUGCGUGUCGCCUGAUUCCUGCUUGUGGCCUGAUGUCCGAGUGUCUCCAGAUUCCUACUUGUCUCCUGAUGUCCGAGUGUCUCCUGAUUUCUGCUUGUCGCCUGAUGUCCGAGUGUCUCCUGAUUACUGCGUGUCGCCUGAUUCCUGCUUGUCGCCUGAUGUCCGAGUGUCUCCUGAUUCUUGCUUGUCGCCUGAUGUCCUAGUGUCUCCUGAUUUCUGCUUGUCGCCUGAUGUCCGAGUGUCUCCUGAUUCCUGCUUGUCGCCUGAUGUCCGAGUGUCUCCCGAUUACUGCCCAGAGAUAGACAGCAUGGGAGACAAUGGCUUCUACAAUCACCCCUCCUCCUUCCCCCACAACUUUGUUCAUAUUACACUGAGAGUGCCUCCCCAUCCCCCCUGUUCAUCUGUUAUUCCACCCCUUACCCCCCGUACAAAAUCCGGGCUACCUACGACCGGUCUUAUAACGAGACAGGACUCUGCCACUCUGCUCGUCCAACUCCGUGAGACUGACUGA